UAAGCGUUUUAUUUUUUUCCAUCAUGGCUGCCGCCAGCGUUUUCGGACGCCGGAUUUUCGGCUUCUGCAAUUUAUUACCUCAAAGCUGCCUUGUAACUUCACCUAGCAACGGCAGAUCUUCACAACAUAUACUGCAGAUAUGUGGUAGAUCCUUUUCGCAAGAUCAUCGGUAUUCCAGAGCGAUUAAAUACCGCAGAACGUCCCAAAUUUGUUGCCCUUCUCAGCCAGCAGUCUUCUCAGCUCGCCAAUUUUCGUCGCCCGGAUCAGAAGAAGGUCCUCCCAAACCAGAGAAACCAGAAAAAAAACCCACACCGACAGUACAAGUGAUCGGGGUCCCCAGUCCACUGAGAUGGAUCAGAAAUAAGGUCUACUUCUGGCUCAUACAGAUCUACUUCGACCCAGAGUUCUCGUAUGCAGGUUUCAUAUCAGGGGCAAAACAGGCCCUGGUGGUUAUCUCAGAGAAACUCUCACAGUGCAAUUUUGAAGGGCUGGACCAGCUCAUAUCAAAAGAGGCCUUACCCACAGUGAAAGACAAGUGCACAUCCCUGUCCCUGAGUCAGAGGGAAGGUCUGAGGGUAGACAAGGAGGACAUCAUGAUCACAUUUCCUCAGGAUGUCGCUAUCUAUUAUGAUGAAGGAGGCCGUAAGUUUGUGGACGUGAUGGUGAGGUUCUGGUUCCUGAGUAAGGCCAGGUGGCACCCCAUGGAAGACGACCCAGAAGGGAUAAAGAUAUUCAAGGUUCCCAGAAUAGAUGGGAUGGAGGGCAGAGAGGAGGACAAAAAGAUUCUCACCUGUAACUAUGAGUUCCAUCGAGAGUUCACCCCAGGAGUGACAGCAGAUUGGACAGUAACCAAAGUACAGCACUGGAAGCUUCUAGAAUAAGUCUUAGCUUGGUUUUAGUCAUGUAGUUCUUAGCACCAUCUCAUAUGCAUUCUCAUAACACUGGUCUAGUGUGGAAAAACUCUUGGAAUUUGGAAUCUCCAGCAAAUUUGUACAAAGUCAAAUGCAUCUACGUUUGAACACUGUGAGUUUGUGCCAUAUUGAAAUUUACUUUACAUGUAGCCAUGAACAUGGAAAAAAAUUGAAAACGUACCAUGUGACUUCCUUAAGUCAGGGUCAAACUCAAAAGUGACUCACACUCGCUCACUCACACUCACUCCGUGACAGAUUUGUGUAUAUUCCUCAAAAAGCUGUUUGGAACAAGACUACUACAAACAAGUGUUAACAGUGACACUCUCCCACAUUUACAGUAAUUAUUUCACAAUUUGUCUGCAUCAUAUUUGAGAUGAUGUUGAAAGGUUUACUCCCCUUUCAUUCUAGUUUCAAUGAAAAUGAUCAGAGAAAUACAUUGUAGCUCCAAUGUCUUGCCACAAAUACAUUUAUGUCAAUACUGA